AUGUCUUUCUAUCUUCCAUCAUCUCUCUUUUCUCUCUUGGACAUCAGUCCUUUCCUGUCUCCCUUGGAUUCAGUCUUUCUCUCCCCCACUCUCUCUCUUUAUCUUUCUAUCCCCGAUACCAUUUUUCUCCUUCAACUUUACUCUUUGAUCCCUUUGAUUCUCUCUCUUUCUUUCUCUUUCCCUUUUUCUCAGCGAUAUAAUUUGUUCUCCUUUUCUCCUCUCUCUCUUUUGAUCAUAUCUCUCUCUUCUCUCUUAGAUAUCAGUCUUUUCCUCUGUCUCUCUCUUUCUAUCUCUUCCUUUAACUCUCUCUCUCUCUCUCUCUUGGAUAUCAGUCUUUUCUUGUCUUUCUCUCUUUCUUUCUCUCUUUCACUCUCUCUCUUUCUCUCUCUCUUUCUCUCUCUCUCUCAUUCUUCCUUUAUCUCUCUUGGAUAUCAGUCUUUUCUUGUCUUUCUCUCUUUCUUUCUCUCUUUCACUCUCUCUCUCUUUCUCUCUCUCUUUCUCUCUCUCUCUCAUUCUUCCUUUAUCUCUCUUGGAUAUCAGUCUUUUCUUGUCUUUCUCUCUUUCUUUCUCUCUUUCACUCUCUCUCUCUUUCUCUCUCUCUUUCACUCUCUCUCCUUUCUCUUGGAUAUCAGUCUUUUCUUAUCUUCUUCUCUCCUACUCUCUCUCUCUCUCUCUCUCUUGGAUAGCUGUCUUAUGCUUACUUCAUCCUCUCUGUUGGAGAUCAAUCUUUUCCCGUCUUCCUCUCUUUCUCUGUUCUAUAUCAGUGUUUUUAAAAAAUUCCAACCUCUUUCUUUUCACACAUUUUCACUUUUUCAAUCAGUCAAGUUUUCUAUCUUUGAUCUUAAACUUUCCCUCUUCCUCAGAUUCCGUCUCUUUCUUUCUUUCAGCUCGAAACUUUUUCCCUCCUUGGAAGUCUCUGUCACACUGAACAUCGACUCUUUCUCUCACUUUGAUCUUAAUCUUGUUCUCUCUUUCUAUCUCUCCCCGCUUUAA